AUACGGAAAAGUUACAUUUUUGAAUAUUGUUGCUGUGUGUGGCCUAUCGUCUAAUAAAGUUCAUUAGUCAUUAAACUCAAAACGAGAGAAAAGCAACGGAACAGUCGAAAAACAGUGUAUUGGCUUUCAAAAUUCUAUUGAUCGAUCGAUCGAUCCCGUCUGUUUCGUCCCACGACGAAUGGAUAGACGUAGACCGUUCGCGCUCUAUUGGAUUUGCUGCUAUAUAGAUCGUUUCUUUGUCAGCGUAUUUGUGGGUUGCAACUUUUUUUAGGUAACGCAAAAACGAAAACAACAUGAACGAAAACCUUCGAACCCACUGGAUAUACAGCAAGAGUACUCGACGGUUUGUUGUCUCAUGUGCAUUGCUGAGUUUCGUAUCUGUUUGUGCAAAUACUCCAGAAACAAUACAAGCUUAUCCUGUCUUCAACUCAAUCACUAUAUUUGCUGACAUAUUUGCUGGGAUUGUUCUCUCUGUUGAAAUGUUAUUCAAAAUAUAUUUGAAAGGAAUGAUAAAGGGUGAUAAACCAUACUUCAAAGAUGUUUCUUGUGUGUUUGAUUGUGUCGAUACGAUAUUCAUAUGGAUUUCAGUUAUGGUGCAGGCAGUAGAGUUAUCCCAGCAUGAGCAUGAGCAUGAGUAUGAAGAUCCGGAAAUUGCUCCAAUAUUGCCACUUGGCUUAUCUCGUGUACCACGCGCUCUUGUAAUAAUCAGAGCCUUCAGAUAUUUUCUGUCAUCGGGAAGUGGUCAAGUGACCGCAAUUGUGCUGCGGGCAAGUCAACAUAUUGCUGGGGUAACUCUGUUUUUGGUCUUCUUCAUUUUAUUGUAUGGGAUUCUUGGUGUUCAAAUGUUUGGUGACUUUUCAUAUCAUUGUGUAACAAAAGAUACUGAUCCUAGAAAUGUCACACUACAAAAUCUAGCAAUACCAGAUACAACAUGUUCGAAAAAUGAUAGCUCGCUCUGUCCAGAAAAUAUGACAUGUAUGCACAUACAUCUUUCAAUGAAACAGACGGGAUAUGGAAGUUUCGAUAACAUAGCAAUCAGCAUCAAAACAGUAUAUGAGGCCGCAAGUCAGGAAGGGUGGAUAUUUUUAAUGUAUAAAAGUAUUGAUAGCUAUGAAGAUUGGCUUGGAUAUUUCUACUUCAUCUUUCUCAUAUUUUUCUUGGCCUGGUUGGUAAAGAAUGUGUUCAUUGCUGUAAUUAUUGAUGCAUUUGCCGAAAUCCGAGUUCAACUGCAUAGUUUAUGGGGGAAUGCUGGAGUUAAUCGAUCAACGUCUGCAACACAGGUUUUGUCAACAGAAGGCGAGUCCUGGCGUCUAAUUGCUACAGAAGAUGUUAGUAUUAGAACAGGAAUAUUUGAAGCGUGGAGACUUGCACUUCAUUCACGAUAUUUCCAUAUUAUGAUGCAAGUUGCAAUCAUUCUCAAUGUCAGCAUAAUUGCUUUUCAGCCCCGACUUGAGGGCGAGAGCAAAUGGAACUUCUUCAGUGUGGCAGAGCUGAUAUUCACCAUUGUGUUUGAUGUAGAAGCACUGAUGAAAAUAUGCUGUAUGGGCAUUGUUGGUUAUAUCAUGACGAGUACAUGCAGAUAUGAAGCAUUUCUUGCUCUUGGUACUACAGUCAAUACAAUUUUCAACUUUCCAUUCUUGAAUAGUUUUCCCGUUCUACGUAUCAUCAGACUUGUCAAGCUGUCGCCAACUCUUGAAGGUUUUGUGUACAAGAUAUUGGGACCAGCGAAAAAAAUUGGAGCACUUGUCAUUAUAACAUUUAGUUUUGUGAUCUUGAUGUCAUGUUUCAGUCUUCAAAUGUUUUGUCAUAAAGAAUCUGAACAUUUCGGAACAUUCCCUCAGGCUUUUAUGUCAAUGUUUCAAAUUUUAACACAAGAGGGGUGGGUCGAUGUGAUGCAGGCAACAAUGUUUUCUGUCAGUCCUGAAGUUCGAGCAUUGGUCGCCAUAUACUUCAUAUUUUAUCAUUUUUUUACAACAACUGUUGUUGUCAGCUUAUUUGUUGCAGUUAUUCUUGACAACUUGGAGUUGGAUGAAAAUGUCAAGAGAUUUAAACAAUUGAAGAUAAAUGAACAGAGUGUUGACACAAAACAAAAGCUACCUUGGAGAUUACGUGUAUUUGGGAGAUUUCCAAAUCGUCCUCAAAUGGUGAGUGUUUCAUCCCAUCUACCUGGUGAAUUUCAACUGCCUCGUGUCCGUGAGAGUUACAUGAGACAGUUUUUGGAAAUAAAUCAUGCAUCAGUUACUACAACAUCUACUGCUGUAAUAAAUAAAUCUCAAACUGAAAGGAAUCUUUCUCUGGCUUCAAAAAUUACUCGAUCACCUUAUCUUGGAGCCGCAAUUUUAAGUGGGUUGCGAGUACAAUUGACAGGUGGGGCUGUGUCACCACGGAAUAUCAAAAGGACUGAGCUGACAAAAAAUACAAUACGUAGGAGAUCAAGAUGUAGGAUGCAGCAACAAAAUAGGUCUUACAUUGCCACUGGAUUGGAAAAAAUGUGCAUUAGUGAGAAAUCAGAGAUGUCUAUAUUGAGUGGAUCUGCAACGAAGCCAAACAUGUAUUCAAAUAUAAUGGAGAAGUGCAUUGAACACCGAAGAUUUAACUGCAUUGUUGAUGGAAAAUUAUAUGGUAAUUCAAGUCAGACACUAUUGAAGCCCCAGUAUGCCUUACGACAAGACAGGCCAUCAUUUCGUACUGGUCGUGUCAUGUUUGCUGAAGAAGCUCGCCAACCUGAUAUUGAAAACAUUCCUACAUUUCAGAAGCACUCUCUCCAGGAUGUUGACUUCAAAGUUUUGCACUUGAAACGACAAGAAGCUUUAUUGAAACGUGAGAGACAAGAGAGAGAACUCAGAGAAAAUCACCCACUUUUUGAUACUCCAUUAUUUCUUGUUGCCAGAGAAAGUCAAAUAAGAAGAUUAUGUCACACACUUGUUUAUGCACAGUUCAAGUCUGAUAUGAAAAGCAACAAGGCUAAGAAACAUUUCUUCCAGACCAUGUUGAAUCUUGUAGGUUUGGUCACUUAUCUUGAUUGGAUAAUGAUUCUGGUAACAAUAGGCUCAUGUGGAUUUAUGAUGUUGGAGACACCAACACAUCGUGUAAACCAGGGUGGAAUGCUUCUCUAUGCUGAAUAUGCAUUCGUAAUAUGCAUGAGCAUUGAACUACUUCUCAAGUUGACUGCGGGGGGAUUGUUUUUUACUCCUAAGCCAAUUUUGAAAGAUUUUGGAGGUAUAUUGGAUUGUUUCAUCUAUAUCGUUUCAUUGACAUUUCUCUGUACAUUGUCAAAUUCAAUUCCUGCUCAAAGUGGUGGGCAAAUGCUCCUUGUGUUACGUUGUUUGAGACCACUUCGUAUUUUCCGACUUGUUCCUCAAAUACGAAAUGUUGUGAUUGAGCUAUUCAGAGGAUUUAAAGAUAUUAUAAUGGUUGCAAUUCUUCAAGUUGCACUUAUGUUUGUUUUUGCGAGCUUUGGUGUUGAGAUGUAUGGAAAUCAAUUGGCUGCAUGCAAUGAUCGUACUAAAUCAAAUAAAGAGGACUGCAAGGGAAUUUUUUUCCAAGCUGUUUGGAUCUCUAAUUCAUUAAAUCUUGACUCUGAUGAUCCUCCAGGUUUCAUGGUACCUAGAGUUUGGACCAAUCCCAGAAAUUUCAACUUUGAUACAAUUGGCUCUGCAAUGUUGACUUUGUUUGAAGUGCUUUCACUCAAAGGGUGGAUAGAAGUCAGAGAUAUACUUACGGAACGAUUUGGGAUGGCACAUGCUCUCUACAUUCAUAUAUUUGUAUUUCUUGGGAGUAUGGUCGGAUUGACUUUAUUUAUCGGUGUUGUUAUUGCAAAUUACAAUGAAAACAAAGGUACUGCAUUGUUGACUGUUGAUCAAAAAAGAUGGGAAAACUUGAAAUGUCGUUUAAAACUUGCUCAACCUCUGCAUCUACCACCUAGGCCAACAGGGGAUGGAUUUCGAGCAAAAGCUUAUGAUUUGACCCAACACAAAUAUUUCAAAUAUUUUAUCACUAUCUGCAUUUUUCUACAAUCUAUGCUUCUUUGUAUGAAGUGGGUGACUAGUACGAAAGACAUUCAUGUGCAAUAUCUUGCCAUAUCAUGUGUUAUAUUCCACUGCAUAUAUACAAUUGAAAUUCUCAUCAAAUGGAUUGGAAUGACGUUUAUGGGAAUGAUGACAAGUUGGCGAAACAGAUAUGAUUUUCUGAUCACUGUUGGUGGAAUUAUUUGGUCAUUUGCUUAUUGCUUACUUUCUGAUAAAACAGUCGCAUACAAAUCAGGAGCUUGUCUGAUAGUGUUGCGUUUCCUAAGCAUAUGUGGAAAGCAUGCAAUUUUAAAAAUGUUGUUGAUGACAGUUGCUGUCAGCGUUUACAAAUCAUUCUUUAUUAUUGGAGCAAUGUUCCUUUUGAUGUUGUGUUACGCUUUUGCUGGAGUUGUCUUAUUUGGAACAGUAAAAUAUGGUGAAAAUAUAGACCGGCAUGCCAAUUUUGGUUCAGCCUCUCUUGCUAUAGCAGUUUUGUUCAGAAUUGUUACUGGAGAGGAUUGGAACAAAAUAAUGCAUGAUUGUAUGAUUCAACCACCAAGAUGUACAGAGGCCAAUAAUUACUGGGAAACUGAUUGUGGGAAUAUAUCUGCAGCUUUAAUGUAUUUCUGUAGUUUUUAUGUUAUCAUUGCAUACAUAAUGUUGAAUGUGCUUGUUGCCAUCAUCAUGGAAAAUUUCUCACUCUUUUACACUAUGGAUGAAGAAAUUUUGCUCAGUUAUAAUUAUCUUCAUAUGUUUCAAGUAACAUGGAAUUUGAUUGAUAUUAAAAGAAAAGAAGUCAUUGCUGUAAAACAUGUCAAAUUACUCUUGGGUCUCUUGGAGGGUAGACUACGAAUUGAUCCUGAGAAGGAUCGUCUACUAUUGAAACAUAUGAGUUAUGAGAUGUACUUAGUUGGUCGCCGACAUUCCAGCAAGCAUUUGGAAAACAAUGGAUAUAUGACGAAGCACGAUGAGAAUAAUGUAUUUGUUUCCUUUCAUGAUGUUUUAACGAUGUUGGCUUAUCGGAGUAUUGAUAUUCGAAAAUCAUUGCAAUUAGAGGAAUUGCUCAUCAGAGAAAAAAGAGAAGCUGAAAUUGAAGAAGCUGUUGCUAAAAUGACAAUUUGCAAUUUCAUUUACAAAUGCAUGAAAAAGAUAAGAUUGAAAAGUUUACAUACGAAUCAUUGGAACAAUGUUAACGAUAUACAAAAUGAACAAGUCUUUAUACAAUCCACGCCUGAUGAAUAUCAUCCAACAGAAGAACAAGAUGACGAUGUGAAUGAAGGAUGUGAAUUUAAUUUUCCCAAAACUGGUAAGAAUAGAAGAAAAGGAAUGUGGAGAGGACCAUCUAAUUAUAUGAGUGGGGCUGUUUUAGCAACCAGCAGUCUUCUGAAACCAUCCAUUAUUGAAAAUGAUGCAAGACCAAAUGAGAACAUAAACCAAAUUAGAUCGUGGUGGUGUAGCAGCAUCGAAACUGAACAUUAACUUUUAAUUUUUGUGUACCCUUACUUAAUUUGAAAAAUUGUUGGUCAUUCUUAUCAGUAUCGGUUUUUAUCCUGAAACUGGUAAAUAUUCUGAUAUAUGCUAUGAUUUCCGAGCCACUAUUCGCACAAAUUCAAGAACAAACUAUUUCUGUAAGCACCAUGGAAUCAUUAUAUGUGGAAUUUCAACCUUAACAUUCUCUAUAAAAUUUCAUUUACUUUACAAAUUAAUUUAGAAUGUAGUGGUUUAUUUGUAUUCUUAAUGGCGGUAUUGGAAGACAUGUUUUAUAUCAAAUAUUGCUCAGCAGAGUAUCAAAGGAUAGAUACGAACUCAAUAAUAAAGAAACGAAGAGUAAAUUGUGCAAAAAUUUUCGCUUCUUAAAUUGACGAACUGUAUGUAUUUGUGUGUAAAUAAACAUUAAUCGAGUACAACAGAUUAAAUGCCAAAUUAAAACUUGAUCAAAACAA